AAUAUAAUAAAUUAAAUAUAAAUAUAAUAUCAAAAUUUUUGAAAAUAAACAAUUAAUAAAUAGCACAAUAAUUCAUGUUGUGCCAAAAACUAUAAACUUUUGGUAGAAGGUAGCAAUAAUUUAUUUUUACUUUACAUGAUUUAUUUAAAAUAUCCUGAUGAUUUUAAAUCUGAUUUGCAGACAAACUUCUACAGAAAACCCACACCUUCUGCUGCUAAUCAUAUACGUUCAAGCCAAUAAACUUUGCUUUGCCAACCAAACACCAGCAUACAAAUCAUUACUGCAGGCUGGAACAUAUAUUCCUUUAUCUUAUCUACAUACUAUUAUAUGUCUCCUGGGUAUAGGAAGAGGCGUGAAUGUUCGUCUGAUUUUCGUCUGAUAAUCCAUGAGGAAAUUCUUAAUUUUUAGAGAGAAGUCAUAUUGUUCUCUUGGCCUAGAUAUUCAACAUUAAUCAUUAACUCAGGCUCAUAAAUCUGCAAAUGUUCAGCUGAAACUAUAACGGAUGAACAACGGGAUGGUAAGUGGACACUGUGAUGAUGUAUAAUGUUUUGUGAAAAUUAUCUUUAGUCAGAUGAACUCGAGCCAAACUGAUUUAUGAUGAAAAGUAUUCUUAUAAUAUAUUACACGUGGAUAAUAUUCGAAUGUUCUAUUUCAUCGUUUCCAUAGUAACAGCUCAUUCAUAGGGAAUUGUACAGCAAAAGCAGCACUUGAACUGAUUCAAAGAUGCAAUUAUUUUUUAUACUUCGAUGUUUCAUUUAAUGUUUAACAUGGAAGGAGUCUCCAUUGUGAGCAUCACUUUAUACACUGUAUUGCCAAAGGUUUUGGGACGCCUGCCCAUGCACAUGAAUGCAAUAUGGAGUUGUCCCGCCCUUUACAGCUAUAACAACUUCAACUCUUCUGGGAAGGCUUUCCACAAGGUUUAGGAGUAUGUUUAUGGGAAUUUUUGACCAUUCCUCUAAAAGUGUAUUUGCGAGGUCAGGCACUGAUGUUGGACAAGAAGGUCUGGCUCACAGUCUCCGCUCUAAUUCAUCUCAAAGGUGUUCUGUGGGGUUGAGGUCAGGACUCUGUGCAGGCCAAGUUCCUCCACACCAAACUCUCUCAUCCAUGUCUUUAUGGACCUUGCUUUGUGCACUGGUGUGCAGUCAUGUUGGAACAGGAAGCGAUCAUCCCCAAACUGUCCCCACAAAGGAUGAAAUUGUCCACAAUGUCUUGGUAUGAAGCUGAAGCAUUAAGAGUUAAACUAAGGGGUCGAGUCCAACCCCUGAAAAACAACACCUGAAUUCAAUGAUCUGGAGCAAUAUAGUGUAUCUCUGUCAAUUGAGAGAAAAAGUGACUCUAGAGUUAUUAAAGCUGCUAUAACAAUCAAUAUCAGGUCCUUGUUUUGUGGUUUAAGAGGCGAAAAAAAUUCAGUUUGCACUUGGAUCCACUCUGGUAUUAAUUAUUUCCCUAUAACAGCACAUGCCCUGUUGUGUUUUAUUUAAUAAUUCUUACUUAUAUGGUGCAAUAGUUCAAUAAAACUGUACUUUAUUGUUAUGUAAAAUAUUCUGCAUGUCACUGUGAGCAUUUGUAAAGUUUAUUCCAAGCAUUAUAUCUGCUGUAUAGCAUGUAGCUUUCACACACACACUCAGAAAAAUGGAAAUGGUGGUUAUUGAUUUUUCUUCCCCAAGCUCCCCGAGAUGCUCAUCACUCUGGAUGGCCUGAGUGGAUGAAAGUGUAGAUUAAUAUGAUUUCCCAGCACUGCAUGGACAUGGGGCUUGUUUAUACACAUCUACACACAAAAAUAUUUCAGAUAUGCGAAGGUGUAUCCAGUAUCCAGACGACAGUCUUGGCAAUAAGAGCAAUGGUUCCUUCUCUCUACGUGUUGAAAGAGGGCGGAGGAGCAGGGUUAAUGAUCAAUGUCAGAGAAACCGUGAGGGAUUUCUGGCUGUGUUGUUUGUGAUAAGGACACAGAAUCGUCUAUGGAGUUAAAGACGCUUGGAGAAUUACAGAGCAGAGGCGUGGAAUGAAGUUGUUUAGCUGCGGUAUGUGCGAACUGGAGCCGACUCAUGAGUGAAAUCUAGAAAGCUGAGAGGGAGCGGAUGUAAGCGGAAGCCUUUUUCACCUGCCCAGGUAGGAAACUUGUAUCAUUCUAAAGAUUAGAUGAAUAACUGAUAACAGGAUGUCCUCUAUGCCUGACUGUACUGUAUACAGGAAAAUAACCAGUGCCUUAUUUAUUGUUGCUUGGAUCCCAGGUUUUGAUAGAUUCUAAAUAAAUGAAAAAGUGCCUCUUGUUUAAUAGAAAAAUUCUCAGGGUGUGAUUGGAAAAUAAUAAUAGCGCUUGCUCGAAUGUUUUAUCCCUCACAUAAUAGUGUAUUAUCACAUGGUUUUAAUAUAGACCGAAUUUCUAGUUGAUCAAAGCAAUACUCAGCAGCAAUAAUCUGUUACUUAUUGGAUAAGGGUUUGAAGUAAACAUCAUUUGAGAGCAUUCACUGCAGAAAUUGCUGUGUGUGUUUGUGUGUGUGUGUGUGUUCUUGUAAUUGGCAUGUUGUUCUGUGAUUUCAAAGGCCUCCGACUGACACCUAGGUCAUAAAUCAUAAAACAUAACCAAGGGCCAUAAGACACGCUACUCUCAACAGUGAACUUAAGUCUUAAAACUCUGAUCUAGCCCCAAAAAUAUAAAAAAUAAAAAUAAAACAUUUCUGCCUAAACAUAUUGAACCUAAACCUAACCCUAGUAGCUUUGCUGAGAUUAAGUUGCUUGAUGAAACACUUGAUGUUUCUCUGAUUAAUCCCCACUUUAUCCAGUGAAUGACUGGAGAAGGGAUUGAUCAGAAUUUCUUUGGUAGCAGGAGUAAUGGGUCAAAAUUCUAUUUAAAAUGGUCGAGAUUGGUCAGACCUCUAUUUCGAGCAAGAGGGAUUGGUCAUUGGUUGGGGUUGGUCAGAAUUUAUUUGGGAGCAGGAGUAAUGGGUCAGAAUCCAUUUGGAAAUGGAUGGGUUUGGUCAGAAUUUAUUUGGGAGCAGGAGGGAUUAGUCAGAAUUCCAUUGGAAGUGGAAAGGAAUUGGUUUGAAUCUUUUGUGAAGAAGAAGGUUUGGAAAGAAUUUCUCCAGAAAUGAUUAGAAUUAGUUAGGAUACCAUUGGGAGCAGGAGAAAUUGGUCAUAUUCCCUUUGGGAGUGGCUUAGUUUGGUUAGAAUUCCUACAGGAAUUAUUAGGAUUGAUUAAAAUUCCUUUUGGAGCAGGAGGAAUUGGUCAGAUUCCCUUUGGGAGUGGUUUGGAUUGGUCAGAAUUGCUCCAGGAAUUAUUAGAAUUUGUCAGAAUUCCUUUAGGAGCAGGAGGAAUUGGUCAGGUUCCCUUUGGGAAUGGCUUAGUUUGGUCAGAAUUCCUCCAGGAAUUAUUAGGAUUGAUCAGAAUUCCUUCGGGAGCAGGAAGAAUUGGUCAGAUUACCUUCGAGAGUGGUUGGAUUGAUCUGAAUUCCUUCAGGAAUGAUUAGGAUUGGUCGAAAUUCCUUUCGGAUCAGGAUGGUUUGAUAAUGUUCCCCUUGAGAGUGGUUUGGAUUAUUUAGAAUUCCCCCAGGAAAUAUUCUGAUUGGUCAGAAUUUUGUCAAGAACAGGUUUUGGGCACAUGAGGGAUCAGUCCUUGGGGAGGUUGGAACUGCUUAGACUUCCAUCUGGAGCAGGCACAAUUGGUCAGAAUUCUUUCAAGAGUGGUUGGUAUUGGUCAAUUCCUCCAGGAUUUGAUAAAUCAGUCAGAAAUCUUUUGGCAGCAGGAGCACAGUCAAAUUUCUUUCCUGAGCAGGAUUGAUAUGUACAAAUUCCUGCGGGAGUGAUUAGGAUUGGUCAGGUUGUAAGGACAUGGUCAGGAUUGUUUUCGUGUGUGAGAGAGACAUAUAAUACACAGCCUUGAACCCACCCAUUUAUAUCCUCUGAACAGCAAUCAUAGGCAAUUAAGAGGUUACUUUUGUUUGAUUUGCCUUUACCUGAUGACUUUAUUUCCCAUUUUAUGAUUACACUAAGGUGUGUUCUAUGACCUGUGUGUGUGUGUGUGUGUGUGUGUGUGUGGAGCACAGUGAGCUAAGAUCAAGAUAGUAUUCACAGACAAGUCAGAGAGAUAGAUAGUGGUCAAACACCAGAGGGGUAAAAACACUGCGGCGCAAAAGGGUAGUGUAAAGGGAAGUGUAAGUCAAUGUUACCAACCUGAGGUGUUUUAUUAUUUUACUGCAUCAAAUACAACAGCAGUGCGCCAGUGACUAUAUUUUUAUUUUGACUAAAUAAUGGCACAUCAUACUUUUUAUUCAUUUAUUGUUAUUUAUUGUCCAUUUAUCUUGAUAGUUCCUGUUCUCACUUUCGUUAUAGCAGCUAUAAAUAGUCGUUCCAUCACUGGAUCUCUUUUUCUUUCUCUCGUGAAUGUUAUACGAAAACAAAACAAAAUAGAUGAGCCAAGUUUUCCGACCGUAGCACUCCUUCCUUAAACAUCUCACAGAAAACGUCGCAGUUAAACUGUUACCAUAGAAACCAUAAUAUAUUAAAAGGAGCAUGUAAUGAGCAUGAACAAGCAUGUGUAUUUCAAAAUGUAAGUCUAAAAUCAAAAAUUAGGACUCGAGGAUUCAACAGCGCUGUAGUGUAAACUAUAUUAUACACAAUAUAUUAAUAAAAUAUAUAUACACAUGUAGCUGAAAUUCUGUGGAAAAGUGUUUACCCAGAUUAACCCAACUACAGUGAAGAGAUGUAGUCUAUACUCCAGGGAGCAUUGUGUGUGUGUGCGUGUGUGUGUGUGUGUGCUAAUUAAUGAGCUUUGUGGGUAUCCACAUGAGUAUACAUACAUUAAGGCAGAGUCAUUUUUCAAAAACGGCAUUAAAUGGCAUGUCAUGUUUUAUUGACUUGCUUGCAUUUGCUCCAAAUUCAGCUCAUGGGCUGUGCAUGUACAAUUAAAUCCUGAAUAAAGCUCACAUUAAAUCACCUUAUUUAGUCCAGAGGGGUGUUCUACAGUUCCACAGUAUGUGUGAUUUCUUAUUCAUUCAGUUAUAAAAACGAAUAACUGAAGUAAAGCAGACAAAGAAAUUUCUGGAACGGUGCAUAGAAACUCAGAGGUGGCACUGUUUUAACAACCUGAUGUGGAAUAAUCAGACUUCUCGCUAAUGUAGGAGUUAAAAAAACAAAUUGUUUGAUUGGUCAAAAAUCCUUGAAUUGCGAAAUGCGACACUGAAGCUUUUGGAUUGCGACAAGACACGAUUUCUCACCAAGAACAAGAAAUAAUUCUUGAAGGCUUGGGGUCUUUUCUACUCUGUGGAAUAAUUAGUUCAUGUUAAAGAUGUCAGCUGAUAAUGUUAAUGUUUCUGUAAAGGCUUUUAUGUAAAAGGUGAGCUAGACUUUUAUUCCUUGUUAGAUACAUUAGCCUCACAGCUCCUAAUUAGCAUGCCUGGUCUAACUGAUUGCAUUGGUGUGAAUGGGAAAAAUGUCUAAACUGAAAUUUUGAUUAUUUGGCUUUGGGUUGUUGACCAGAAGAUCGGGGGAUCAAGCCCUUGAGCAUGGCCCUUAACCCUCUCUGCUCCAGGGGUGCUGUAUCAUGGCUGACCCUGUGCUCUGACCCCAACCUCCAAGGAUGGGAUAUGCGAAGAAAGAAUUUCACUGUGCUGUAAUGUAUAUGUGAGCAAUAAAGAAUAUUUCAAAACAAUUCCUUUUAAUGCUCAAUCUGAGCAUCUGUGGUUAUUUUGUUUUAUUUCAUCAUUUCUUCCUCUUAGCACAUGGGUUUAUUUGUAAUUGCAUAAUUAUUUCUCGAGCUGCCUUCAUGACCCUUCUGAAAUGAAUUCAGCCCCGAAGUUCCGUCCUCAGAUGGUUUAGUGUUUUUUGGGUGAGGUUUUAAUGAAAGCCACGGGCGCUGUGCUGCAGCUGGUUGUUUUAUUCCUGCUGUGUGUUUAUUCAGGGACAAACAUGGAGGCCAAGCUGAAGGAACUCCGGCAGAAACUGGAGAAGCAGUGCCAAAUUAACCAGGAGCUGCAGAACGAAAACCAAGACCUGGCAUCCAAGUUGAAGGAGAAGGAGAAACUCUUGGAGGAGCUCCAGAGUCAAGAAUUGUCUCAGAGGUUGAGCAAUGACAGUGUGGAGGUCCGGCAGAGCCGAGCAGCCGUCAUGGCUCCGGAGCCCAUUCCAGAUGAUAUGGACAUCUCGACCACCAGGGUCAAAAAAACAGCCAGUGAAAGAGCUCAGAUCAUUAACGCAAUGCAGAAAAACGACUUCCUGAGACGUCUUGAUGAAGAGCAGAUCAGCAUGAUGGUGGAGCUCCUUACCUCUCUGGACCGCUGUCCGGGUGAUGACAUCAUUAAAGAGGGCACAGAGGGUGACAGCAUGUACAUUGUGGCAGCUGGAGAACUCCAAGUUACUCAGGCAGGGCGUAAUCUGCGAACUUUGACCUCUGGAGAUGUCUUCGGGGAGCUGGCCAUCUUGUACAACUGCAAACGAACAGCUUCGGUCAAAGCUGUCACGGCGGUUAAAUUAUGGUGCAUUGAGAGACAGAUAUACAGAAGCAUCAUGGCAAUCAAGUCCAAAAAGAAGCGAGAGCAGCUAAUGGGCUUCUUAAAGACAGCUCGCACCUUCAAAUCCCUGCGUGAUGAACAGCUCUCCUGCAUCAUUGACUCCAUGGAGGAGGUGAAGUUUCAGGAUAAUGAGGUGAUCGUGCGUGAAGGUGCUGAGGGAGACACGUUUUACAUCAUCCUCAAGGGAGAGGUCGAGGUGACAAAGAAAGUGAACGGGCAGCAAAAAAUCAUCCGGAAAUUGGGACAAGGGGAUUAUUUCGGAGAGCUGGCUCUUAUACGUGAGAUCUUGAGAACAGCUACCUGCAUUGCUUUGGGGUCAGUGACCUGCUUCGCAAUUGAUAAGGAGGCUUUUGAGGAGACAAUCCCAAUAGAAAGCCUGGAGCUACAUGAUGACACAGAUCUCCCGGAGGACACUUGCACUCCGAAGAAAAAUAGCUCAGUGUCUUCUCUACAACUGAAGGACCUGAUCCCGGUCCUGUACCAGGAGGGACGUUACCAAGGAAGCCCCGUCACCCUGGGAUUGGGGGGGUUCGGACGAGUGGAACUGGUAACCACGAUGCAGCAUGGGAAAUACUUUGCCCUGAAAAAGAUCAGCAAAAAGCUCAUCGUCCAGAAGAGGCAAGAAGAGCACGUGCUGUUCGAGAAGAGGCUAAUGCUGGACAUCGAGUGUGACUUCAUAGUCAGGCUUCAUGGGACAUUUAAAGACUCUCGCUACAUCUAUAUGGUCAUGGAUUUCUGCUCAGGGGGCGAGAUCUGGACCAAGCUAAAAGAAGUACGUCGUUUUGAAGAGAACGUGACCGUGUUUGUCGCAGCGUGCGUGGUGGAGGCUUACGCCUACCUCCAUAAGAAAGACAUCAUGUACCGAGACCUGAAGCCAGAGAACCUCAUGCUGGACUCCAGGGGAUACGUCAAACUAGUGGAUUUUGGUUUUGCUAAAAAGCUCCGGCGAGGACAGAAGACAUACUCUUUCUGCGGAACUCCAGAGUACAUGGCUCCAGAGAUUAUUCAGAAUCAUGGUCACGACUUCGCUGCUGAUUUCUGGUCACUAGGUGUUCUGAUGUAUGAGCUUCUGGCUGGCAGCCCACCUUUUUCCAGCUCAGAGCCACAGAACAUCUAUGCUAAGAUAUUGGAUGGGGUGAUAAAGUAUCCCCCACACAUGGGAGAGGCGGCCAGAUCUCUUAUUAGCAAACUGUGCAGACCACGUCCGGGUCAACGGUUAGGAAACACCAAAAAUGGAAUCAAAGACGUCCGUAAUCACAGGUGGUUUAACAGCAUGAACUGGCACAAACUGAGGAUGAAACAGAUCAAUGCUCCGACAGUUAAACUCAUCAGAAAGGGUCCCUGCUACAUCAACUUUGACCGUUUCCCGUUUGAGAAGAGCCUGGCUGAGGAGGAUUUCUCCGGGUGGGAUCAAGAUUUCUAAGAGCCGUUGAGAAUCGUUGAGGCCCUGCGAACACUCUUCCUCUUAAUAACCAUCUGUGGACGUCUUUGGGCAGCGUGUUCCAUCACGAAUGUGGAAAAACAGAAAAAUGAUUCAGUAUUAAAAAAAAAUAAAAUAAAUAAAAACAGUUUGUAAUUUAGAGAAAGCCGUCUGGACCAUCUGCUUUAUUAGCACCUGUGUGAAAGAGCUUCAUCAAAGACACAGAACUUUACCGAGGUGUAGAGACUGAGAAUAUAUAUCACGCUCUGGGAUGGAGUAUUGUUUUGUUUUUUUAUGGAUGUGAUUUUGUUAUUUUUGUUUUAACACCACAUGCUAUUUUCCAGCAAAAUUUGCUCACUUUUUUGGAGAACAAGAGAGAGAGAGAGAUCUUGUGACAAGUGCUAGAUAAAUUCAACAUAUACAACUAUGUGUAACAACAAAAACAUUUAUCCAAUAAGUGACCAAAAGCUAUGAAUUAGACGUUCUUAAGGAGUUUGGAAUUAAAUAACUCGAAUCAUCAUGUUCUGCAGGUUUGCUUCUUUGUCGAUGGAAACUAAUAAGGCGAUAAAUACUAUUGUUUGCUACGUAUUAUACCAGAGUGCUAUUGAAUCUGAUUUAAAAACUAAAUAAAUAAAUAAAUAACAGAACUGAUCAGACAGUAGUUCCCAGUCCCCUGAGGAUUUCAUGAUCACAGAAAUUAUGAUUAUAUUAUUAGAAAUUCUGCGAUGUGUUUUCACUGGAAAACGUUUAAAAGAAGAAUCCUUCAAGCAUAAAAAACUUUGUAAAAACAGUUGCAUCGCAAGAAAAGUAAAUAAAUAAAGUCAAACAUUUUUGGCAAACAACAAUCACAAAAAAAUCGCCAUGAAAACCUCUAUACGUUUCAGGCAGUAACAUAAACGACAAAUUUAUGUUAAUGCACUCAUUCUUAUACACUGAUCAGGUAUAACACUGUGAGCAGUGACAGGUGAAGUGAAUAAGACUGAAUAUCUCCUCAUCAUGGCACCUGUUAGUGGGUGGGAUAUAUUAGGCAGCAAGUGAACAUUUUGUCCACAAAGUUUGAUGUGUUAGAAGCAGGAAAAAUGGACAAGCGUAAGGAUUUGAGCGAGUUUGAUGAAGGGCCAAAUUGUGAUGGCUAGACCACUGGAUCAGAGCAUCUCCAAAACUGCAGCUCUUGUGUGGUGUUCCCGGUCUGCAGUGGUCAGUAUCUAUCAAAAGUGGUCCCAGGAAGGAACAGUGGUGAACCGGAGACAGGGUCAUGAACGGCCUUGACUCAUUAGGGAGAGAAGGCUGGUCCGUGUGAUCCGAUCCAACAGAUGAGCUACUGUUGCUCAAAUUGCUGAAGAAGUUAAUGCUGGUUCUGAUAGAAAGGGGUCAGUGUUUUGGUAGCAAAAGGAGGACCAACACAAUAUUAUGCAGGUGAUGCCUGAUCAGUGUAUGUUUCUAUAGCAACAGGUAUUUCACAGGGUAUAAUCUAAUCUAAAGUCAAAUUGAAUUGAGAAAAAAGUUUUAACAACGAAAAAAACGAAUAAUCAUUUAUAAAUGAUUGAGAAAUGUUUACUUUAAGGAAGUCAUGUUGGAACUAAUCUCAGCAAUCUGAAAUGGCCUGGGAGGUUUGUCUGCCAUGGGACAGUCUCCAUGUUCCCUGCAACUCUAUGUAGAAAACAGGAAUUAAAAAAAAGUGUCCAAAAAGUGUUUUUCUAAUAAAUGGCACACAUCUCUAAAGGGCAUAAGAGCUUGAUAAUGUUAUUUCUCUCCUGUGUCUACCCUACAACCUCGACUGUCAUUCAUUUUUGUUUGUUUGUUUGUUUGUUUUUUUCUUUCUUUUUUAUUGUACAUACAAUGCCUGAAUAAAUGCAAUAUUU